CUUAAUUAUACACUUGUAUAAAUAUAACUUCACAUUUUAUAAUUCAGUUAAUUUUGUGUGAUUCUGAGACACACAUGAAUUGUCUUGCAAUAUUCUAAUAUGGUCAAAAUUAAAGUCAAUGAGGGUUAUCUCGAAGGAGAGAUUACAGAAAGUGAAUUAGGAGGGAAUUACUACAGUUUCAGAGGGAUUCCUUACGCUGAACCACCAAUUGGAGAUCUCCGUUUCAAGGCGCCUGUACCAAAGAAACCUUGGGAUGGAAUUCGAAAUGCAAGAGAAUUUGGGUCUAUUUGUUAUCAAUUCGAAAUAAAGAGUGAAGUUGGCUUAAUACGUAUUGGUUCUGAAGAUUGUUUGUAUUUAAACGUUUAUACUCCAGAUAUUAACCCGAAGCAUCCUUUACCAGUCAUGUUUUACAUACACGGUGGUGGAUUGGUCCUCGGAAGCGGCAAUGAUGAUAUGUACGGCCCUGAAUUUUUAGUAAAACAUGACGUAAUUCUAGUUACAAUCAAUUACAGAUUAGAAGUUCUAGGCUUCUUGUGUCUAGAUACUGAAGAUGUCCCAGGUAAUGCUGGCAUGAAGGAUCAGGUAAUGGCACUUAGAUGGGUCAAUAAUAAUAUUGCUAACUUCGGUGGUGAUCCUAGAAAUAUUACUAUUUUCGGUAACAGCUAUGGUGCUAUUAGUGUCAAUUUUCAUUUAAUAUCACCGAUGACUAAAGGCCUCUUCCAGCGAGCUAUAGUUCAAAGUGGCUCCUUAACUUGUCCGUUUGCUAAGAUUAUUCAACCGCGGGAAAGAGCACUUGCAUUAGCUAAAAGGUUAGGAUUUCGAGAAGGUGACGAACAAGUUUAUGAGUUUUUUAAACGGCAACCAAAAGAAUCCUUGAUUAAAAUUAAAUUUCCUCUGACAUAUUAUGAGCAAGGAAAAGAUCAGUAUGAUACACUUUUUGGUAUCGUUGAUGAAAAAGAAUUCGCAAGCAACGAAAGUUUUAUUUCUGGUGAUUUUGUUGAAAAACUCCGCAAUGGUAUACACGCUGAUGUCGAGAUUAUGAUGGGAUAUACCGAUGAUGAAGGUUUUAUAUGUUUAAGAUCAAGAAAAAUAGAAAAAGUUUUCGAAUAUGCAAAUAAUUUUUUACAAUUCUACGUCCCAAAUGCGAUAGCAUACAAUUGUAGUUCGGAUAUACAAUUUGAAGUCGGACGAAGAGUUAAAGAUUACUAUUUUGGGAAUGAAAUCGUUUCAUUGCAAAGUUUGAAGAAACUAAUAAUCUUCUUUUCUUUGAAUUACUUCACGUAUCCUAUGUUUCAAAUAGCAAAGAGUUGUUCAAGGAAAAACAAAGUUUAUUUCUAUAAAUUUACUGGUAAAACUGAAAGGAAUAUUAUGGCUCGUAAAUUAAAACUGGAGUACCUUAUAGGUGAUGUAAUACUUACAUGUCACUGUGAUGAAUUAACUUAUAUUUUUCUAAUGAAGAAAGAGAAUCUUAAAAUUGACAAAAACUCAAAAAGCUAUAAAAUUAUCGAGAAUUUGACAAAAAUAUGGACCAAUUUUGCCAAACAUGGAAAUCCAACGUCAAGUUUUGGAUUUGAAUGGACUCCGUAUAACUCAAGUGAACAAGCUUACUUAGAAAUCAAUGAAGACCUAACGAUGGGAACUGAACCAGACAAAAUAGAGGUGGAUUUCUGGGAAAAUCUAUACCGGGAAUAUCUGCCUUGUUCUAUACCUUACUAAUCGUUAAGUAACUGUUUAGAUUUACUAUUAUUUUAUAAUUAUACUAGCUGUUCCCGUGCGGCUUCAUCCGCAUAGAAUUAUAAAAAA